GAGGUGGCGUCUGCAAUCACACGCUCGUCAUAUUACAAUAUGCUUGACGCGGGAAAAAAUGGUAAACGCCACUACCGGUUCGCUCACAACUUGCUUGACUGAAUUGCCUUUCGAGACCUGGCCUCUGCAGGCCCGCAGUAUGAAACGCGGCAAAAUCAGCCACUCUAAUAUUCCAUUCCAACAAUUGACGGAAAAGUGGCCAUGCCAAGUCACUCAUGCAUAAACUAUGCUGGCCAGUCCGGCCUCACGGCGCUCUUCGAUCACCAAUCGUCGUCCAGACAUGAAGCAUGUCUUCAGAUCCAGUCCCUGCUUUGUUAUCUGCAUGCGUAUGCGUUAACAAUGCUUUUCUUUGCCUUCGAGUUUUCCCAAUACACAUUGUUUGCCUCUUACAUUUGAGUAUAUUGGAAUUAGACGCCGCAUGCCCGAAGGCUGAAAUGUGUCGUUCUCGAAGGUCUAUCGUGUUUUCGACUG